UCCCGCCUCCCCCGGCCCACGUGACCGUGGGCACGUGACGGCCCCCGUGCGCCGGCGGCCAUGGCGACCUACGUGAGCGAGCUGGAGGCGGCCAAGAAGAGCCUGAGCGAGGCGCUGGGCGAGAACGUGAAGCAGUACUGGGCCAACCUGAAGCUCUGGUUCAAGCAGAAGAUCAGCAAGGAGGAGUUUGACCUGGAAGCGCGCAGGCUCCUCACCCAGGAUAACGUCCACUCCCACAAUGAUUUCCUCCUGGCUAUUCUUACCCGAUGCCAGAUCCUGGUUUCUGCACCAGAAGGUGCCGGAUCCCUGCCAUGGCCAGGUGGCUCUGCAACUAAACCUGGAAAACCAAAGGGAAAGAAAAAGAUUUCUUCGGUUCGCCAGAAGUUUGAUCACCGGUUCCAGCCUCAGAAUCCGCUGUCGGGAGCCCAGCAGUUUGUGGCAAAGGAUCCUCAGGAGGAUGACGAUUUGAAGCUGUGUUCUCACACCAUGAUGCUUCCCACACGUGGGCAGUUAGAAGGAAGGAUGAUUGUAACUGCAUAUGAGCACGGGCUGGACAAUGUCACGGAGGAGGCGGUGACCGCGGUUGUUUAUGCUGUGGAGAACCAUCUUAAGGACAUUCUGACAUCCGUGAUAUCCAGGCGGAAAGCCUAUCGUCUGAGGGAUGGCCAUUUCAAGUACGCCUUUGGAAGCAAUGUCAACCCUCAACCAUAUCUGAAGAACAGUGUUGUUGCUUAUAACAAUUUAAUUGAGUGCCCUCCGAGCAGCGCGACACCCUCAGCUGGUCAGAGCCUGACCCCGCAGCCCCCUCCUGACGAUGCUGAGCAGCAGGCAGCCCUGCUCCUGGCCUGCUCUGGGGACACCCUGCCAGCCUCCCUCCCGCCAGUCAACAUGUACGACCUUUUCGAGGCCUUACAGGUGCACAAAGAAGUUAUUCCUGCACACACUGUCUAUGCUCUAAACAUCGAGAGAAUCGUCAUGAAACUCUGGCAUCCAAACCAUGAGGAGCUACAGCAGGAUAAGAUCCAUCGGCAGCGCCUGGCAGCAAAGGAGGGCCUUCUCCUCUGCUAGAGCUGGGCAGCUGUGUCAGCCCUCAAGUGGCUGCAGCCCUUCCUGGGACUUGUCAUUCGGAUGCUUCUUACAAACCCAUGUCAGCAUUUCAAGGAUGACAUAAGUUAUGAGUCAGCUUUUCCUAUGGAAAUAUGACUGAGUUGUGGGACACUUUCUCUGCUUCCUCAGAGUCAUGUGCCAUGGAGUACUUGAAGCAAUCCCACUGAAUUGGAAAGAAGCAGCAAGAUAUUUGUUUGCAAAGACUGUUUUUAGUAAAAAUAAAUGUGAGUGGAAAAAGUUGGUUUUAAA